GGGAGGCAGGCGCAUCAAUGACAGGGACAGCAGUCAAACCUUCGCCACAGGGCCCGGGUUUCUGUUAGUGGCUCCAGGCAGCGGACGGUCGGUCGUCUGUGAUCCGGGCUGAGGAUGUGGGAGCAGGUGCGGAGCUCCUGGCUCCCCCGCUGCCUUCUGCUCGCCUCCAUCACCGCUCACACGUCACCGGCGUCGGCCGCCAGAGACCCGCGGCCGUGCGACACGACGGACUACUACUACCAGUACACGGAGUGUGACAGCACGGGGUCACGAUGGAGGGUUGCCAUCCCGCUCAGUCCGGGCUCCUGCUCAGACCUUCCGCCCCCAACCAGAGGGACGGACUGCUCCUUCUCCUGUCCGGCCGGCAUGUUUCUGGAGAUGUCCUCUCAGCAGUGCACACCUUGCGCAGCCGGCUCGUACUCUCUGGGCAGCGGCCUGCGCUUUGACCAAUGGGACGCCAUCCCUGCAGGCUUCACCAGCCUGGCCAGCUUCUUGGACCCCGGGCCGAAUGGAGAGGACAUCCAGGCCUGCAACAGCUCAUCAUGGACGCCCCAAGGUGUGUACCUGGAGUCAAACCGCGACGAGUGCACAGUCUCUCUUGUCUAUGCGGUCCAUCUGGAGAAGCAGGGAUCCGUCUCCUUCACCUACCAGUACCCGGACAACAACAUCUUCUUUGAGUUCUAUGUCCAGAAUGAACAGUGUCAGGAAAUGGCCCAAACGGACGAUCAGAAGUGGAUCAAAGUCACCAACAACAGAGAAUGGGACACGCACACGGUGGGCCUGAAAUCUGGUACGAACAUCCUGUACUGGAGAACAACAGGGAUACUGGUGGGGGGAAAGAUGGUCAAACCCGUGCUGCUCAAGAACAUCCAAAUAGAGGGUGUUGCCUACACAUCGGAGUGUUUCCCGUGCCGCCCCGGGUGGUUCAGCCCGGCGCCCGGCUCCUCGUCCUGCCAGCCGUGCCCCAGCAACACUUACUCCGUAAAAGGGGCCUCCUCCUGCACGCCUUGCCCCGAACACCACUACUCACAUGAGGGAUGGGCAGAAUGUAAGGCGAGGCCUCCGUGUUCUGAGAGAGAUUACUUCCAGAUCCACACAGCCUGCGACAGCGAGGGGAAGACACAGGUGCUGUAUCGCUGGGUGGAGCCAAAGAUUUGCGUGGAGAACGUGACGGGAGCCGUAGAGCUGCCUGCGACAGGACAAAGAGAGCCCUGCCCUCCAUGCAACCCAGGCUACUACAACAGCAACGACUCCACCUGUCUGCCGUGCCCCAUGGGGACCCACUCUGACGGCACCUACGCGUGUGCCGAGUGCCCCGCGGGUACGGAGCCCGUGUUGGGCUACGAGUACAAAUGGUGGAACGUGCUUCCCCCCAACAUGAAGUCUUCCUGCUUCAACGUGGGUAAUUCCAAAUGCGAUGCCAUGAACGGAUGGGAGGUUGCAGGGGACCACAUUCGCAGCGGAGCCGGCUCUUCAGACAAUGACUAUCUCAUCCUCAGCUUGUAUGUGUCUGGCUUCAAGGUCCCAGCCUCGCUUUCAGGGAUGACCGGUGGCGAGUUUGGCCGCAUAACCUUUGUGUUCGAGACCAUCUGCUCUGCCGACUGCGAGCUCUACUUCAUGAUGGAUGUGAACAAGAAGAGCACCACGGUGGUGGAGUCCUGGGAAGGCAACAAGGGGAAACAGUCCUUCUCGCACAGCAUGACCAGAAAUGCUUCCGUCUUAUUCACGUGGGCCUUUCAAAGGACUAACCACGCUCUCGAUGUUCGGCGUUACAUCAGCGACACGGUGAAGAUCUACUCCAUCAGCGUGACGAACGUCCUGGACGGAGUGGCGUCGGCGUGCCGGGCCUGUGCCCUGGUGCCCCACUACUCCCAGCGGGCCAGCUCCUCCUGCGUGCCCUGCCCCGCUGGCUUUUACAUCGACAGGGACACCAACCGGUGCCAGGAGUGCCCGCCGAACACACACCUGGCCGGGCGGCACACCUACGGCCAGGACGCCUGCAUCGGCUGCGGGCCCGGAAGCAUCAGCAACAAGGAGCAUUCCCGCUGCUACAGCGACUGCUUCUUCACCCACUCUGACGACAACCGCACGCUGACCUUUGACCUCAGCCCUAUGAGCGACGUGGCUUCGGUGACUAUCGGGCCGAGCUUCACCUCCAAAGGCACAAAGUACCUUCACCUGUUUAACAUCAGCCUGUGUGGCCACCAGGGGAAAAGAGCCGCCGUCUGCACGGACAACGUGACCGACGUGUCGAGCAAAGACGACCGCGGCGAACUGGCUCAGUUCGUCAACACGGUGGACAGUUUCAUCUGCCAGUCGACCAUCAUCCCCACAGACGGGCGCGGCUUCAGGAUGGCCAUUUCCUCCCAGUCCACCAGCCUCGCCGACACCUUCAUCGGGGCGACGGUGGACCCCGUUCUCAGCGGCGUGAACGCCAAACCCGAGCUCUUCCCGCCAAAGUCCAAGAACGUUCCCGACAUCAACUUCUUCUACAGGUCCACGCAGGCGACCUCCUCGUGUGAUCAGGGCCGGAGCUCAGUGGUGACCGUUCGCUGUAACCCGGAGAAGUCCGAGCGGGGAGAGCUCUCAGUGCCCAGCUCCUGCCCGGCAGGAACAUGUGACGGGUGCACCUUUCACUUCCUGUGGGAGAGCGCCAGCGCCUGUCCACGCUGCACCGAGGACGACUACCAUCAGAUAGAGGGGGCGUGCAAGGGAGGGGUCCAGGAAACUCUGUACGUGUGGAACGAGCCAAAGUCAUGCACCGAGGGCGUGCCGCUGCCUCCCCGAAGCUCGUCCCACUGCGAGGCCAUCGCUCUGUGGCUGAAGGUGGGGCUCGGGGGCGGGGCCUUCGUCGCCGUGCUGCUUGUCUCCCUCACCUGCUAUUUCUGGAAGAAAAAUAAGAGGUUGGAGUACAAGUACUCCCGUCUGGUGAUGUCUGCCAACAAAGAGUGCGAGCUGCCAGCUGCUGACAGCUGUGGCCUGACCGAAGGAGAGGAGCCCGAUGACGACGUCGUCUACACCCAGAAACCCUCCCUGCUGGGAAAACUCAGGGCCAUCGCCAACAAGCACGAGGACGGAGACAGCAGCGAGUCUGUGCAGCUCAACUCCUCCAAGUCUGACCGAUGGGUCCUGGGAUAAAGAAAUAUCUAGAAUGACAGUGAGCUUAAUAACUGAGGAUGUGUGUGUCAGAAAUCCCCUUUAGAGGACAGUCUGAUCACCGGACACUGGCUUUUAUUCCUAAAACCCCUCAAACACAUGGGAAGACACACCUUGGAUGUUCAGCCGGGGGGCAACAUGUUUUUGUAUGUUUUGUAUUUCAUUUGGUCAUUUCUGUUGAGAGUCAUGUAUUUAUAAUAAUGUUAUGAUGAAUUAUCUUUAUUAAAGCUCCGUUUAGCUUUGGGGAUUCACGUGUGGACAUUUGAAGUUCAUUCAGUACGAUCUUCCACAAAGGUGGCUUUUUUUUAAAUAAAAGUUUAAUUUGGGUAAUAAUUAUUUUCUUUGCUACUGUUUAUGCUAUUUACAUAUUACUUUCCUGCAGAAACUUUUUUAAAUAGGAGGUGCAAAUAGGAUGAAAAACUA